AUGUCUCUGAUUCACUUGCUCCGAUCACAGACACGCAAUCGCUUUUCUUCAUUAUCAACAAACACUCCUUCAGUGUACCAGUGUUUUAGGUCCUCCACAUUCGGACAGCCAAUCAGUGCUAAUCCAAUAUUCAAAACACAGAACAAUGCGAAACCGACAUUUAAGACUUCUUCCCAACUUGGUGCUUCUCAAAUAAGAUGGGCAUCUAAAGCUGCACCAACUGAGGAAGACAAGAUUAGCAUUGGACCUGCCAGUAGAAGACAAUCUGAGGAAGAAGACAAGGAAACCGGAAUUUUCUACUACGGUCCAAUCUCAAGUACCAUAAAAAAAGUAAAACUUCUGUCUCUCUCAACUUGCUGCCUCUCGGUAUCUCUCGGUCCGGUCAUAACCUUCAUGACUUCCCCUGACAGUAAUGUCAUCCUAAAGGGUGCAGUGGCAUCAUCAGUGAUAUUCUUCAGUGCUUCAACAACCGCCAUCCUUCACUGGUUCGUUAGCCCUUACAUUCACAAACUCCGCUGGCAACCCGGUUCAGACAGCUUUGAGGUGGAGAUGUUGUCAUGGCUGGCAACACAUAUCCCAAAGACUAUCAAGUUUUCGGAUAUUCGUCCAGCAGAUACGAAUAGGCCGUAUGUUACAUUUAAGGCUAAUGGGAGUUUCUAUUUUGUUGACACAGAACACUGUCACAAUAAGGCACUUCUUGCUAGACUCACACCACAGAAGGAAACUCAUGACUCUGCUUUCAAGAACUUGUGA